AAUUGAGAUUUGAGAGAGAGAUUACAUUUAAAAAUUCCACAGGUAUUAGUAUUUGCAAGAAUCGUGAUUUUCCUUCACUACCUCGUUCUCCAGUACUUCUCCUUUACUCCAACUCCUAGAAUAAGACGAUACGAAAGUACAAAGACAUUAUCAACAAAAUGUCGUCUGCAACUCCCUCUACUUCGUCCAGCACUAUCGCUGGAGGUUCAGCAACCUCUCCUGCUGCAACCUACUCCCUGGGUUUCCUCGGAGGCGGCAUGAUGUGCGAAGCAUUGCUUGGUGGCAUUGUACGAAAUCAACUUGUCCCCGCAUCCAAAAUCACGGUCUCCGACGUCACCCCCGAUCGACUUGCCUAUUUGAAGAAAACCUAUGGAGUGAACGUGACGGAAGACAACGCGAAAGUGGUGCUAGACUCGGACGUGAUCAUAAUCGCUGUAAAACCGCAAGCUUUUGGGGUCCUAUGCACCCAACUAGGUGGAGCAGCGGAUAGGGCAACAGUGGCGCAAAAAGGACCUGCCAAAGUUUUUGUCAGCAUUAUGGCGGGAGUGACGUUGAAGGUACUCACUUACAACUUAGAUCCGUCAAAUGAAAUAAGUACUAAAUGUUGCCAGUAGCUAGAACGUACUACUUGAUUCAUCCGUUUGACUUUGUCAAGCAUAAUUUGAUUGAAGAUGAGGCCACCUACGCAACCAUGUAGCCCCUCUGGUACUAAGUUUCGCUGCUAAAAAAAGAACCUACUUAUUAAAUACUAACACUGUAAAGUAGAACCUACUUAUUGAAUAAUAACACUGUAAAAGUUGUAAAGAACCUUUCUUAUUCUUUCUUCAACACCUAAAACAAAAACAGACUCUCGUCUCCUCUGUCGGAAGCUAUGGUGAAGUCAUCCGUGUUAUGCCGAAUACCCCUGCUCUAGUCAACGCCGCAGCUUCCGCCUAUGCGGUCGCUCCGUUUAAAGACGAAAGCGCAACCCCCAAGAUUGCUUUUGUCGAAAGCAUUUUCUCAGCGAUUGGAGUGUGUUGUCAGGUACAUCAGCAAUAGAUCGAAAGCAUUUUCUCAGCGAUUGGAGUGUGUUGUCAGGUACAGCGUUAGACAGCAAGAUAUGCAUCAGCAAUAAAUAUUAAAUCAUGUGCGGCACAACUACCCUAAAAACAGCUGGCUUUACGACUACCCUUCCAUUGAUUUCACAACUAUAGCACAUCUACAACCAAUGUGAACAGGUCUCCUCCGAAUCCUACCUCGAUGCAGUAACGGGUUUAUCCGGCAGUGGGCCAGCGUACGUGUACAUGAUGAUUGAGGCUAUGUCGGAUGGAGGUGUAAAACAAGGAUUACCACGAGCCUUGGCCAUGAAGCUAGCAGCGCAAACCGUUUUCGGAGCCGCCAAACUUGUGUUGGAGUUAUGAUGGUGUAAAAGUAAACUGUAGUAUCGUCUCCUCGAGUACGAUGUUCUUGUUGGCAGUUGUGGACGUGGUGAAUUACUGAUAAGAUAUUGAUGUCGAUGUUGCAACUGAAUCAGGAACAUAAUGAGGUCGCGUUAACCACCUGGAAUUGACAAUUAUACAUUAUUAAUAGCAAAGGAGACUAGUCGUGAAACAUUGUGAUUCUUGUCUUUGGAGGUGUAAUAACUACUAAGUACUUGGAGGACCAAAUAUUAGCAAGCACUCUUGAAAGUGAAACAGACCUGCAGCUCUUCUAACCCUCAAAGGAGAACAUCCAGCAGUGCUUAAGAACGCAGUUGAGUCUCCAGGCGGCACAACAAUCGCAGGAACGGGAAGUCUCGAAGCGAGUGGCUUUCGAGGCAGCGUGAUCGCAGCAGUCUCAGCAGCUACAGAAAGGAGUAGAGAACUGGGGACACAAGCAUGAUAUUGAGAAGAUGAAGCCGAAACCUCCGUUGAUGUCCUCCCUCCAUUGAUGAUGCUAUUGUUGUAGUUCUUCAAGGUUUUUAUGUUCAUCUUCUUACCCCUAAGAUUAAGAAUGACCCCUCUCACUUGAACCUUGUGUAAAAAGAAACGAGUCCCAUGUGGUCUACGAGACUUCAACGAGUGUAAUGUUGAACGAGUGCUCAGAACCACAACAACUAUCACCAAAGCGCAAAAGAAAGGCAGAGAUGAAGCCGAAUCUAGGAGUUCUCUCUCUGCGACAAGCUGUAGUUGUCCUUUCACCUCUCAGGGGGUCGUUUGUGUGUUCGAUGCCGACGCUGACGUCGCAGCAUAACUUUCUUCUAUCAGUUCUUGACUUCAACGGUGUGCAUCAAUGAAUCUAUGUAUUGAUUCGUCUACUCUCUAGCCGUGCUUGAGACUGACGACGAAACAAACGAGGUGAUGGAACGCAAUUUUUUGUACGACGAGGAACAGGCACAAACUACUUACGUUGUGAGUGAUAUCUUUUGUAAGCACAAACAGAAACGCCAUAUUUGAUCGCUGAAUCUUUG